AGGGAGGCUACCGAGAUGGGAAAGGGCUCCUUCAAGUAUGCCUGGGUCUUGGACAAACUGAAAGCUGAACUCGAGCGUGGUAUCACCACUGAUAUCUGCCUAUGGAAAUUCGAGACCAGCAAGGACUAUGUGACCACCACUGAUGCCCCAGGACACAGAGGCUUCAUCAAAAACAUGAUGACAGGCACAUCCUGGGCUGACCGUGCUGUCCUGAUGGUUGCUGCUGGCGUUGGUGAAUUUGAAGCAGGUAUUUCCGAGAAUGGGCAGACUCUUCUGGCCUACACUCUGGGUGUGAAACAACUAAUUGUUGGAGUCAACAAAAUGGAUUCCACCGAGCCACCCUACAGCCGGAAGAGACACGAGGAAACUGUUAAGGAAGUCAGCACCUCCAUUCAGAAAACUGGCUACGACCCCGACACAGCAGCUUUUGUGCCUGUUUCUGGCUGGAAUGGUGAAAACAUGCUGGAGCCAAGAGCUAACAUGCCGUGGUUCAAGGGAUGGAGAGUCACCCGUAAGGAUGGCAGUGCCAGUGGAACCACACUGCCUGAAGCUCUGGAUUGCGUCCUGCCACCAACUCGCUCAACUGACAAGCCCUUGCCUUUGCCCCUCCAGGACGUCUACAAAAUUGGUGGUAUUGGUACUGUCCCUGUGGGUCGAGUGGAGACUGGUGUUCUCAAACCUGGCCUGGUGGUCACCUUUGCUCCAGUCAUGAAGUCUGUUGAAACGCACCAGGAAGCUUUGAGUGAAGCCCUUCCUGGGGACAACGUGGGCUUCCAUGUCAAGAACGUGUCUGUCAAAGAUGUUCGUCGUGGCAAUGUGGCUGGUGAGAGCAAAAAUGACCCACCGAUGGAAGCAGCUGGCUUCACAGCUCAGGUGGUGAUCUUGAACCAUCCAGGCCAAAGCAGUGCUGGCUGUGCACCUGUGCCGGAUUGUCACACAGCUCACGCUGCUUGCAAGUUUGCUGAGCUGAAGAGGAUUGAUCAUUGUUCUGGGAAAAAGCUGGAAGAUGGGCCCAAAUUCUUGAAAUCUGGUGAUGCUGCCAUCGUUGAUACGGUUCCUGGCAAACCCAUGUGUGCUGAGAGCUUCUCUGACUAUCCUCCUCUGGGCCGCUUUGCUGUUCGUGACAUGAGACACACGGUUGCUGUGAGUGUCAUCAAAGCAGUGGACAAGGCAGCUGGAGCUGGCAAGGUCACCAAGUCUGCCCAGAAAGCUCAGAAGGCUAAAUGAAUAUUAUC